AGAUCAUCUCAGGCCAUCGUUGAACGUCCCUUCCAACUGGGGAAGCCGGGGCACACAUCGUCGGGAUUGGCUUAGGAAUAUCACCCGGCGUACCGAAUCCGAGUCUGGACGGACUGAGGAAGGGCGCAAAGAAAUUUCUCCGCGUAAACUCAAGACCGACGUGCGCUCACAUAUCGGAUUUCAAGAUCGAACCAGUGAGGGAUACCGGAAUACACUGGGGGAGCCUCCAACCAAUAGGUAUAACAUGGUCCCUCCCGCAGGUGCGCACACCAAGCUCUUCGCAGGGCAGAAAGACGAGAACUUAGGCGAGGGAAGUCAAAUUCCGAAUACCCCAAUUAUGGUAUAUAAGAACUCUAUAUUUAGCAAACGAAGUCCAACUAAGAGGGACUCGCAUGACCUUCUUCGCAAGCUUUCUAGGACGGAGAGCCCACCUCAAAACCAGGCCGAAUUCAAAACGCCAGAAAACUCAAAACUCCCCGAGAGGCGAAUCUACGACAAAACGCCGGUUGUGACUGGCGCCUGGAUAGAUACGCCAAUGACUGAACGAAUGAAAGAGCUCCCAAAGCCUCGUCUGAACAACCUAAGACCACCAGUGUCCGGAAAUAAGGGACUUGAAGUAUCAUCUGGACUUGGAGUACCAACCAUUUUUGAAGAGCCCAACAGUUCUGGGUCGCAACAGAUUAGUGAAAACGAGAGAGAAAAGAAGAGGGAGGAAGACAAUCAAAAGGCUAGGGAGAAUGAAAGGAAGAUGGAAAUGGAGAAAAGGGAGAAGGAAAAGGAAAGUGUGGUAAACGUGAAGCCAAUGGACAUGAGUCAGAUAGAAAACAAGGAAAAGGACAAGAAGGCAGAGAAACAAGCGGAAAAAUUGAAAGACAAAAAGAGGCCACCGUUGAUCAAACCUGAUCUCCCGAAGAGUGCGUUGGAAACUGUCAUGCAAGAUUUCAAGGCUGACAAAGACUCUUUGGACGUUGGCGACGACACGCUCGAAUCUCUCCAACAAAUCCUUGACGAAAAGCCAAAUGAUCUAAAAACUGAAGCAGAAGACGAUGCAGAGUAUGAGAAGUCCAUCCUGCAGAAACUUGAACUCGAAAGCUCGGGAAGCAGUGAUAGCGUCGAUCUCGACAGGCUGAAUAAAAAGCUGGAGUCCCUAACCGAGAAUAUCAACAAGGUGAAGAAAGGGCUCAAUGGCUUGGAGGAUCAAGUCUUACGGGAUGCCGCUGCUCUUGCAGCAAUACCAGCUUCUCCGAAAGGACAGCUACCAUCGAGUCAUACGUGUGACAACUGUGAAACCUGCAAAGCUCAUCAUAAUGGAUUGACCUCUGCUUUCUAUCUCCCACGCUUAUGGAGACAUGAACCUGGCUCACGCCGGAUUCGACCCACGUUCCUUGGAUGGUGCAGCGGGCUGUUGCUUCUGUGGUACUUCUCUGAGUCGACGAUGUGUGAUUAUUACUGUCAUCCCUUUGUUGCUGAGGCAUGCGAAGGAAAUUGUCUGCUUCCCGAUGCGCCACGUUUUCCGUUCGUCAUCCCAACAAUGCUAUGGCGCUGGUUGCACCUAUCGGCCAUCUGGACUCCGCUCUGGGCCGUGAUGGUGGCUUUCUUUAGACUCACAACACAACUUCUGGGAAUCUCAGAUGGCUAUGUGGAUGAUAUACCUCCUCGAGCGCUCAAUCUUUCAGGCGAGAUCCGGAUACGUGGGACUCGUGUAGAAGGCUUUCCUGCAUUUGCAACCUCUAAAUAUGGCUUUAAUGCACCUAAGAAGCAACAGCAGACACCGACUCAGAAACCCACUCCGAUCGCUGUCCCCGAAUUGGAUCUCGGGCCGGAUGUACAUCAGGGUAAGGCCAACUUUGAAGACGACUCCAUGGAUGAUGAUGAAUUUAUCUAGCGAUGAAAUACUAGUGUUUGUUAUUUUGGGACUGUGAAGUAUUUGAAUAGCCUUUUGUUCUUCUUGUAACUUAAUGUCGAGGACGUCUGCCUUGGAGCAGAUAUAGCUG